UAUUUUUGUAGAGAUAAGCAAAUUUCGCUCCCCAUUCGUUCACUAGUACUCGCUCGGUUUAGUUGGAACAGUUUUGUGUCCGAAUAAUUGUAUUAUUGACAUACAUAUAUUUCAAAUGGAGCUCACGCACAAAGAACGCUCGGAAAUGAAAAAACACAUGAGCAAAGUGCUUAGCGGCAAGGAGAAACCCUUCGAUGGCCUGCGCGCUCGCACCAUUGUGUUGCUCACCCAUAGAACGGAUGGCGCAGAAGUUUUCCUUAAGAUGACUCAGAGUCAGCCCCUGCGCAUGAAUCGCUAUACUGCUUGGAAAUACUGCAAUCUGAUGCAUACGGCCUUGCGCCAUGGCACCCCACAAAUACUCGAGCUGAUGCAACAACCGCCACAACAACAAUUAUUAUAUGCAUUAAGUAAUUAUUGGGCCUACCAUACGGAUGCUUUAUGCGCUUGUAUACUCGAGUAUUUGCAAUUGUUGUUGCACAAAAUCAGCUUCCAUCAGAACUAUGCAUUCUUCACAGGCGCUUUGGAAGCCGACAUCACCAAGGAGUGGGAUCUGGAUCUGUGUUAUCAGUUGUGCACCGACAUUUUUGAUUAUUUGGACCAUUUACUUACACUGCAAAAAGCCAUCUUUUCGAGUUUGACCUUGCAACAACUCGCUGUGGCCACACCCGAGACGCUAUGCCGCCUGCAACCACUCAUCAAUAUUGCCGCUGAAUGUAGCAUUCUAUACGAUCAGGCGUCUAAUGCCAUGGCCAACGUUUGUGGCAAAUUGCCGCCUAUCGAUGUAAUGGGUUUAUGUAAUCGCUUCUAUGCGCUUUAUCAGCGUCUACGUGGCUUCUACAGCUCACUGCAGCAGGCGAAAAUUAUACUUAAAAUGGAAUCUGUGCCGGAAUUAUCCACAACCGUGCCGGAUUUCUUGGCAUUUAGUAACAGUAGUGCAUGUGGCAGGCAACCGACAGCACCACCAGUCUGGCAAGUUGAAUAAUUUGUGGAAUAAAAAGGCGGUGCUGGGUAUGGGAGCGCAGGUAUUAGAGUAGAGAGGUGGCAAGUCUGCUAUUGUGAUCGUAAUAUAUGUAUAUAUACCUUUCCGCAUUUAUAUUAUACCUACUUUGAUUAUAUUGGAUUAGAUUAUGGUAGAUGUUUACAAUUACAAUUAUAUCUGCGACAGAUGUAUGUAUGCAUGAGUGAGAACACAUACAGUUAAUUAAAACGAUUUUAUUUUUACCUAGAUAAUUCUCUAACUAAAUUGUAUGUAUAAUUGUUAUAUUUAAUCUAAAAAUAUUUUUAAACUAUAUUUCGAUUUAUUGCGAGAAAUUUCAUUGGAAUUACGAAUUUGUAAAAAUAAUCCAAAUAUUUUGAAGACAAUUCCAUUCAUAAGUAUUAAUUAGAAAGUAUAUUAUAAAUAAAUAUAAACUCUGCUGUAUAAAAA